AUAUAUAGAAAUAAGAUCAGUCAUUGUUUUCAAGCCUGCUAAAUAAAACUGAACUCUUGGAAUGGCAUACCAUUUGACCUUUCGAAGGUUCUCCAGCAGUAUUUAACUGGCGCAAAAGGAGCACACUCGCAAUCGUCUACUUUUGACAUGACAGACCCUCCUGUUAGUUCACACAAUGUUCAAAAGGCAGAAGUCCCUCGCUUCAGAACGCAAGAGAGGAUUAUUUUCUCAAAGAGCUACACGGUUCAUACUGAGGGAUGAUAUGAGAAAUUUUCACUUUUUGUCAAAACUUGUACUCUCAGCGGGCCCUCUAAAACCAACGCCAGCAGUCAAACAUUCAAAAACAACUCACUUUGAGAUUGAAAUACUUGAUGCUCAAACAAGGAAACAGAUAUGUAUUCUGGAUAAGGUGACACAAUCAUCUACUAUUCAUGAUGUUAAGCAAAAGUUUCACAAAGCAUGUCCAAAGUGGUACCCUUCUCGAGUUGGUCUGCAGCUAGAAUGUGGUGGGCCUUUUUUGAAGGACUACAUUACCAUUCAAAGUAUUGCAGCUUCCUCCAUUGUCACGCUGUAUGCUACAGAUCUAGGUCAACAAGUCAGCUGGACCACAGUAUUUUUGGCUGAAUACACAGGACCUCUGCUAAUAUACCUCCUCUUUUAUUUGAGGAUUCCAUGUAUAUAUGAUGGAAAAGAGAGUGCUAGAAGAUUACGCCACCCGGUGGUACACUUGGCUUGUUUCUGUCAUUGUAUACACUACAUCCGAUACCUUUUGGAAACCUUAUUUGUUCACAAAGUUUCUGCAGGACACACACCUUUGAAAAAUUUGAUAAUGAGUUGUGCCUUUUACUGGGGAUUUACUUCUUGGAUUGCCUACUACAUUAAUCAUCCACUGUAUACACCACCAUCAUUUGGAAACAGGCAAAUCACAGUAUCUGCUAUCAAUUUUCUGAUUUGUGAAGCUGGGAAUCAUUUCAUUAAUGUAAUGUUGUCUCAUCCCAAUCAUACAGGAAACAAUGCCUGUUUCCCAAGUCCAAAUUAUAACCCCUUCACAUGGAUGUUUUUCCUGGUUUCAUGUCCUAACUACACCUAUGAGAUUGGAUCAUGGAUUAGUUUCACAGUCAUGACACAAACACUGCCAGUUGGAAUUUUUACACUUCUGAUGAGUAUCCAGAUGUCUUUGUGGGCACAAAAGAAACAUAAGAUUUAUCUGAGAAAAUUCAGUUCAUAUAUUCAUAGAAAAUCAGCAAUGAUUCCACUCAUAUUGUAAAAAACAAACAAACAAACAAACAAACAAAAAAAUCCUAUAGAAAAUGGCAACAUAUAAAUUCAAUAAAUAAGACUUAAUUAAGGAUAGUUAACUAUUAUACUCCAACAAUUCAUGAGCAACAGUAUAUACACUGAGUAAAAAUACAGUAAAAUUUCACUAAAUUUAGAGUAAUGCACAUGGUAAUAAAAAGUAUAAAUUAUAAAUGCAAUUAACUAAGAACAGCUCUGAAUGUAUUUGCAUGGGAUUGGUCCUUGAAUAAAAUUGUCUUACUUCAUUAAUACUUCACAAUACUAUUUGCAUAAGGCAAAAUAUCACAACAAAGAAACAACCUGAUUAAAAAAUGAAAAAGUGAUCUGAACAGACAUUUCCCAGAAGAAGACAUAUACAUGGCGAAUAAGUAUAUGUUUAAAACACUCAACAUUAACUAUUCAUAACGGAAAUGUAAAUCAAAACCACAAUGAGAUAUCAUCUCAUCCUAAUUAGGGUGACUAUUAUCAAAAAGAUAAAAAAAAAUGACAGCCGUUGUGGCUCAUGUCUGUAAUCC